AUGAAUAGAAACCUAAUCCGGACAAUCUUGGGCAGAGUUUGGGGGUUAGCAGAGGUAGAUUCGGGGGUGAAGAUUAAGAAGGUGACUAUCGAAGCCUCCUUCCUGAUUUUCUCCUUCAAGAACGAAUCGGAUUUGUCGAGAAUUGUCAAUAAGUCUCCGUGGAUGCUGAACAAUGGAGUGUUGAUUCUUCAACGCUUUUCAAAACUUCCGUCUAACUGGGAGGUGGAGAUGAAUCGGUUUCCGUUGAUGGGUAGAGUUUUGAAUCUUCCCACUAAAGCUAUAACCAAGAACAACAUGCUACGACUAGCAUCAAUGGCGGGAGAGGUUAUUGAAAUCCAAAAAGAAGAGGUAACAAAGAUUACAGUGAAUGGUUAUUUUUGGUUUAAAGUGUGGAUCGCGAUCGAUAAACCGUUAUGCCCGGGGUUUCUCUAUCCUAAUUCUGGUGAUCGAAUUUGGCUCCCAUUCCGUUAUGAAAGAUUGCCCUUUAUGUGUUUUAGCUGUGGGAAGAUAGGACAUGAUUUCAGGUCUUGUGCAUCACAUCCUGUGACUGUCGUGGAUGGUAAGGGUCGUUCUUCAGCAGCCUUCGGUGCUUGGUUGAAAAUCGAUGAUAAACCAAUGGGGCAAAAGGGAAGAACAGAGAACACAGAAGAUGGAGAGAAGGGUACUAAUUUCAUUCAACCUGCUGUUAGCUUGAAGGGGAUUAGCGAAGUGGAAAAGUCUCAAUUGGUAAAAAGUCUGGGGGAAGUCUUGAAUCCGACUCUACUCCAAGAAUUACCAACCAGAAUUCUCUGCGUGGGGAGGUACAAACUUCUAAAACUUCUUUUCCAUUCGAAUUUGUGA